AUGGCAGAAAAAGAUGUCCCGCUGAAGACGGUCCAGGUGGACGCGCUGGUUGUCAUGAAGAUAAUCAAGCAUUGCACCCAGACAUUCCCAACGACCGCCACAGGGUCCUUGGUUGGAAUGGAUGUCAAGGGAAACUUGGAAGUCACCAAUUCGUUCCCCUUCCCGAUAGUCGACCUCCCGCCAGACUCGCAUCUGGAUAUAUCGCCCUCGAACACGGCUGCCGCCGCUCCCAGGGCCAAGUCGAAUGUGGCAUACCAGGCUGAGAUGAUCCGGAUGCUGAGAGAAGUCAACAUCGACGCCAACAAUGUGGGGUACUACACGAGUGCGAACAUGGGCAACUUUUUGAACCUGAACGUCAUUGAGAACCAGUACUUUUACCAAAAGGAGAUGAACGAGACCGCCAUCACGCUUGUUCACGACGUCAGCCGCAGUUCUCAGGGACCUCUCAGUCUGCGGGCCUUCAGGCUGUCCCCACAGUUCAUGACAGCCUUCAAGGAAAACAAGUUCACCGCCGACAACCUCCAGAAAUCCAACCUCAGACACAACGACAUCUUCGUCGAGCUACCGGUGAAGAUCCACAACUCACACCUUCUCACCACCUACCUGCACCAGAUCCCCUCUUCCGCACCCACCGACGAACUCGACCUGCCACCGUCCCUCUCGGCGCUGCUGUCCAGCCCCCUGGCCAACCCGCCAAUGCACACUCCCAACUUCGACAACCUGUCUCUCAAUAUCGACCCCUUCCUCGAAAAGAACUGUGACCUGCUGCUCGAGAGCAUAGAAACGCACCAUACCGAGAACAACAACUUCCAGUACUACCAGCGCGCCCUGGCCCGUGAACAGACAAAGAUCGCUGCCUGGCAGGCGAAACGCAAGGCCGAGAACGUUAGCCGGGCACAGUUGAAGCAGCCUCUGCUGGCCGAGGACGAGUGGCAGCGACUGUUCAAGCUUCCCCAGGAACCAAGCAGACUGGAGAGUAUGCUGAACACCUGCCAGGCGGAGCAAUACUCGAGACAGAUCGAUGGCUUUGUGGCAGCCACCACGGGCAAGAUGUUUGGUGUCCGAGGCAACCUUCUCCCCAACGACUCUCAGUCCUGA